AUGAAAAACAAACACGGCCAAGUAUUACCCAUAGAGGUGACCUGGACGGAAGCUGUCAAACGGUGUGGUACUUUGAAGGCAGACGUCAUUGGUAACUAUACAGGCUUGUCUGAUUCUUUCAAAUAUCGUCCAUUUUGGACAGGAUUUUACAGACAAAGUUACGAAUACUGGAGUCCUCCUGGAGGUGAUUUAGGCAGCAAUCCAAAGCGGAAACACUGCAUAGCAGUUAAGGUGAAUGAAGAUGGAACACUCUACCCCAUCACCUAUCCACAAAUUUGCUCAAAGACAUUGCCUACCUUAUGCGAAAAGUCAACAAAAGUUGAUGGUGGUUGGACAGACUGGUCUGAUUGGAGCGAAUGCGUUCAAGUAAAUGGAGAGUAUAAAAAAUCUGCAACUCGUACAUGUACCAAUCCUUCUCCACGGCAUGGUGGAAAAGAUUGCGAAGGAGAAAAAAUUAUACAAGAAUCUUGUAUUCCACCUGCAGUUCAUGGUGGUUGGACAGACUGGUCUAAUUGGGGUGAAUGCUAUUUCAAAAAUGGAAUGGAUAAAAAAUCUAAAACCCGCACAUGUACCAAUCCUUCUCCACGGCAUGGCGGAAGAGAAUGCGAGGGAGAGGACCUUAAAGAACGACAUUGCUUGGAUCCUCAGGGUGUUAGAGGUUAA